CCCUUAUAUAGCAUCAUCAAAUCGCUAAGAAAUUCUAGGAAUGAAAUGGAGCCAGAUUCUCAUAUGUAUGAUCAUGACUUGCAGAGGUUGUCCACAAAGAGGUUGAUAGGCAAAGUUGCAGUUAUAACUGGCGGUGCAAGAGGAAUUGGAGCUGCCACAGCAAAAUUGUUUGCACAAAGUGGUGCCUAUGUUAUAAUUGCUGACAUACUCGACGAGCUUGGGGCAAAACUAGCCAAUUUAAUAGGAGGCCGAUACAUACACUGCAACGUGGCAAAGGAAGCCGACGUGGAAUCAGCAAUCCAACUGGCACUGACUUGGAAAGGCCGACUAGAUAUCAUGUUCAACAAUGCCGGGAUUGCAGGCCCUGGGGGAAGCAUCACCAAUCUUGACAUGGAGCAGGUCAAGAGUCUGCUCUCAGUUAAUCUGCAUGGAGUUUUGCACGGAAUGAAACAUGCUGCACAAGCAAUGAUCAAAUGCCAAAAUGGAGGGAGCAUCAUAUGCACAUCGAGUUCGGCAGCCAUCAUGGGAGGAUUAUCCGGACACGCCUAUACAUUGUCGAAGGUGGCGAUCAUUGGAUUGAUGAGAAGUGCUGCAUGUGAGUUGGGGGCGCAUGGAAUUCGAGUGAACUGCAUUUCCCCACAUGGAGUUCCUUCAGAGAUGCUUGUCAGUAGCUUUAGAGAGUUUCUUGGGGAUGUAAGGCCUGAUGAAGUUAGUAGGAUUGUGGGUGAGACGGGGAGUUUAUUGCGUGGAAGAGGUGCAAGCACAGAAGACGUCGCUCGAGCUGCACUUUUCCUGGCUAGUGGGGAUGCUGGUUUCAUCACAGCACAUAAUCUUGUUCUUGAUGGGGGAUAUACUUCUGCUAGCAGUAACAUGAGUUUCAUAUACAAAUACGAAGAAAAAGAGAAACGCAAAUAGAUAAACUGAAAAAGGCACGAAUUUGAUCUCAUGUUAUGAGAUUCUAUCGUUUUCGCCUACUAAUUCCGACCCACCAUAAUUAAAUGGACAGACAAGAUUCAAGAAGGCAGGCUAGCUAGCUUUAGUACAGAAUGUUUACUAGUGGUAAUAAGUGGCAUGGAUGACAUUGGCAUCCAUUGUUUAUGCUAUUUAUAUAUAUCUGAUGAUGUUUCCAUAUCA